CCCAUCAUUUAUCUUUUGCGCGCUUGAAACCAAUCUGGCAAUCACAGCUCAGGUGCCAGUCGAUUGGCCUUUCAAAUCUGUAAGCGUCUCCCUCCGUGAGCCUCCUACUCCACAAUGAACCAAUCACGGACUUGGUUCUUGGCUCAAGUUUAACCAAUCAGGACCAAGGUUAUAUAGCAGAGCGGAAAAACAAAAUAAUGAAAGAUGUUGCCGAUGAAUUCUUAGUUUAUUUUGUUUGUUGAAUUUAUUUAUGUUCGUUUGGUCCAGAGAUAUUUAAAUUUAGACUAUUAAUAAGGCUCCUGAAAUUAUUAUUAUUAUUACCAUCCCUGAGUUAAAGGAGCGAAUAUUCAGAUAUUAUUUGAGAUAUCGGUUGAUGUGUUGAUGAUGUAGUAGAGUACCCCAUGCAUCUGAUUUCAACACAGUAAGUUCAACUAGUUAAUUUGAAUUGCAUAACAAUAUUAUGGAUUAACAACCGUUUAUGAAACGAGGGAAAGUGAUAAAGUCUGUUUUGAGAUGUCGGACAGUGACAGUGACCGGGUCACUCCCGUGAAACCCCGACCCAAACGCCGCCGCAUCAUCUUCGACCCCUCCACCAUCAACUCGGUUCCCAUCUACACCAACAAAGUGAAUAAAUGUCUACAGCUGAAGCCGACCUCUGCGGUGCUAACGCACAGCAGCUCAUGCGACCCGGCAGAGGCUACACCGUACAGCAACUCGGCACCCGAAGGUCACAACUUCUGCCUCACCGAUUCUGAGGAAGAGGAGGAGCGCAAACUCCCCAACCACUCUAAGAUCAGCGAGAGUGUGGCCCUCCUCUCCCCCUCCCCUCCCCGGACCCCGAAUGUUCCCCGGGUCCAGGUGUCUACCUCGGUCUGGAGGGCCAUGGAUGAGGUGAACAGCAGGCUGGGCUCUGUCUCCUCCCUGCUUACUCUCUCUCCGGAGGGGAAGGGGGGGAUGAGAACCAGAGGACAAGCCCUCCAACGUGCCGUCCCCGGCCCCUCGCUGACUGACGCCCAACACUACGAUGAUGACAUCAUCGAGACCUCUGUGCUCCUGAGCCCAUCCCUGGAGCCCGAAGACCCUCUGGUGGGCCGCGAGAUCCAGCUCAAGUUCCGCUGUCGGACAGAGAUCCAUCGGAUCUCUGUGGUGUCGUCCAGACCGCUGGGGGAGGCGGUGGAGGUGCUGGCAGUCAAGCUCAAGGUCCCGCCCUCCCGCAUCCUGCUGCUCAGGAAGGAGAUGGAGCUGCCUAUUCACUCCUCAGCCAAUCAGCUCGGCCUGAGCAUCGCUGACAUCAUCGAUUGUGUUGUCAUGGCAGAAGAUACUAAACAGGAGACGCAGAGCAAUGACAUCAUCACUGUGCGCAUACAAGGAAUAGACAGAGGCUCAACUCGGGAGUAUUCCCUACACAAAGAGGCAACCCUGGGCUCCAUCCUCUCUCAGUACACAGCCAGCCGGUCAUCCGGGGGUCAGGCUAAAAUGAACUUCCAGUUCGAUGGCUCAAAGAUCACAGCAAGUCAGACGCCCACCCAGCUGGACAUGGAAGACGGCGAUGUCAUCGAGGUGUGGAGCUGAGUCACGUGACCUUGGACCUGUCAACUUUGGCACCUGCAUUUGUUUACACAACCUGUGUGUGUGUGUGUGUGUGUGUGUGCGUUACAUACUCUCUUUUUUGCGUGUCAAUAUUGUAUUAUCAUUGCCAUGCUGCGUUGUGAUCGGUUAUUCUAGGUACUUGUUACUCAGGUGUAUGUAAAUUCCCAGAUCAUCCUCAUGCAGAGGUACAACCGAUUAAAUGGUUGGAUACAAAUAUUGUUUCUUUUUUUUGUUAUCAUUCAUCAUUCAUAUCAUUCACUUUUUUGUAUGCACGGGUUUACUCUAACCCUUUGCCGCAACCCAAUCUAAUAUAAUAAAUAAAAGCUUGGUGAAGUUCAAGGUUGGGUUGAUAGUAAAUGUAUAACAUAGUCUUUGAAAAUAUAUUUAAAAAAAUUGAUAGAAAAACAAAUUAUUUAAUGCAGGAAUAAUUUCCCUUCAUAAAUAAUAAUUAAAAGAUAAAUGUGCUGUCAUUUUAUGGUUCUGUAUAUUUCUUAAUUUAAAUAAACCUAUUU